AUGGAAACAGAGCUCGGGUUGUUAGAGAAGCAGGUUGAAGAAGCCGAGCUUAUCACUGGCUCUACAAAGAAAGAUGUAAUUGCUUUGAUAGAACGGUUAAAACAGACCUUGAGGAACUACUGUUUACAGCCAGAACAUGCAGAUGAAGUUAUCAAAAGGCCUAUCGAACAAUUGAAUGGCAUUAUCAAUUUUGUUGAAAAGGUACCUAAAAUUCGGUAUAUAAUUAUUUCUUCUUGUGUUUAGGUCUCUGAUGACAGCAUUCAAGAGAAGAUCCAGUCUAUAAAUGCUCAAACACCUCUUAUCACACACAGAUUAGAUGUUAUGAAAGGCAUCGAAGAUUUGAAAAGUUCCAUUAAAGUCGACGAUUUGACCAAGGUUGUGAAAUCAGAGGACAAGAUCGACGAAUUUACAGAAAAUUACACAAAACUAAAUGUGACUUUAGCUGGGUAGGUCGCAACCCAUUAUUCAAGUACAUUUUAGGUUGAAUUCGGUGCAUUCGAAACAGCAGAAGAUCAUGGAUUCGUUGUUCAACUACAUUGACGAGAAGAUAACAGAACUCGAACAGGAGAAAGCUCGCUAA